GGGUGGGAAAUGACACUACAUUUAAAGUCAAUCUUCUUCCUCCAACUUCUGUUAACUGUUUUAAAGGUUGUGGCUAUCAUUGGGCAAUUUCGCUGGGAAAACUGAAACUCUAACACCCAUAUUAGCGUACUUCCAACUAAAGCAGUUCGCCGAACUGGGCUACCAACAGGGUGGGAAAUUUUCUGUUGCUCUUCUUUCCUGUGACAUACGGUAGAAGGGUUGGCCCUGGUUUGGUCCACCUGCCAGUGGAGUUUAAAGUUUCCAAGGCUCGGAGGAACACAAUGACUUGGAUCAAACUGCCUAAAUGAGAAGAAGGGCAUUUCUGCUACAACAAGGAAGCCGUUAAACUCCUGCUAAGCUAACCAUCUCUUUUAUGCGUCCAUGCACACGACCGACCUCCUCUAUCACUGACCAGGGAUUAUUUCUGACAAUCCAGAAUAUUCCGAAAGCUUGGAGACAUAUGGCUGGAAAAUGAAACGACCCUGGAGUGUGGCCACAUCAUUACUUUGUGUCGCGUGGUACCAGAUGGGCAACCAGUGAAUGAUGCAGAGAUGUGAACGGACAGUUUUAUAGUGUGAAUUUUCCCCCCAUAAAGCCAAAGCAGACUUCAUUUCCCUCUCUUUUCUUUUGGUUUGUAAUACUCGGAUUUUGUCCUCUCUGCAGUAUCAAUUAACUCCGUUUGGCAGUGGGGUAGCCAAAAAGGAAGAGGAUGAAGCGAUCUCUAAAAUCUUAGUAAGUGUCGAAGGAGCCACAGCACCCAGGAAACUGCGGCUGCGAGCCGCCUCGUCCUGCGCGGAUUUCAGGGUUGAAUAGCGCAAGCGGUUAUGGAGCGGACGGUGCACUCCAUCCGCCGAGGAUAGAGACCCCGGCGCCGGGAGGGGUCCGCUCAUUUCGCCGCAGCCUUGGAGGCCGCGGCUGCCUCUCAUCCGCUGCGUCUCAUUACCAUUAUCCUCGUUCUUGAAAAGUCAUGGAAGACGGCCCGCUGCCAGACCUCAGAGACAUCGAGCUGAAGCUGGGGCGCAAAGUACCCGAGAGCCUAGUGCGCUCGCUCCGUGGGGAGGAGCCGGUUCCCCUGGAAAGGGACAGGGACCCCUGCGGGGGGAGCGGCGACGGUGGAGGCGGCUGCAGUGGUAGCAGCAGCAGCUGCAGCUUCCCUCCCUCCUUGUCGUCCUCCUCUUCGUCCUCUCCAACCUCUGGCUCCCCACGUCGUAGCCACUGCAGCGCCCUGGAGAGGCUGGAAACCAAGCUGCACUUCCUCAGGCAAGAAAUGGUUAACCUCCGAGCCACAGACGUCAGGCUCAUGCGCCAGUUGCUUGUUAUCAAUGAGAGCAUUGAGUCCAUCAAGUGGAUGAUUGAAGAGAAAGCCACCAUCACCAGCCGAGGCAGCAGUCUCAGUGGCAGCCUGUGCAGUUUAUUGGAGAGUCAGAGCACCUCCUUACGUGGCAGCUACAAUAGUCUUCAUGAUGGCAGCGAUGGGCUGGAUGGCAUCUCCGUGGGGAGCUUUCUGGACACUUUGGCGGAUGAUGUCCCAGGCCAUCAGACCCCAUCGGACUUGGACCAGUUCAGCGACAACUCCGUAAUAGAGGACUCGCAAGCCCUGCACAAGCACCCCAAACUGGAUUCUGAAUACUACUGCUUUGGCUAAUGACCCAGUUUUUUGCAUGGGAUUGGUGUGCAAUUAACUUGUAUUUAUCCUUCUCCGCUGCUAUAUUUUUGGUGUGAUUUUUUUUUUUUAUAUGACAACCUUUUUAAAAGAAGCUUAUUUUGAAACUGCUUGAUGAUAAUUCUGUUGCUCCUAAUCUUUCUUUUCUGGACUGAUUUAUCUUUCUCUCUUACAUCUCUAUUUUUAUUUAUUACAGUGAUUUUUCUCCCCUCUUUUACAGUGGAACAAAUAAAGUAGAGGGAAAAAGAAUAAGCAAUAAUCAUGUUUUUGCUUUUGUUUUCAGAGCAAGGGGUCAGGGAUUACCAAAAAAAAAAAAACAAAAAAAAAACUUUGCUAAAUUUUACAAUAAACCAAAGUCUGAUAACAGUACAUUUUGUUGUUUGUAUUCUUAAAUGAUUCAAAGUUUCACUUUCCAGAAGAUACUGAGGUUUAUUAUGGUUUGUAUAGUAGGUUGAACGAAAUAGUUGCAACAGACUUAGGCAUUAUUUCUAGGCAAAAAUUCCUGGUGUAAAGUCAACAGUAUUGUUAGUCACACACUUCUACAUGACUAUUAUUUGGAAGCCACAACUAUAUGCAAUCUGCUCACUUCAACUUUGAGGUCAUACUUUAGAUCGUACUUUUGUCAUUAGUGAUUCUAACUCAAAUUAUAUAGGAUUAGUUGUGUGAUAAUGUAUAUGAUUCUCCCAAAUUUCAAAGAAUAACUGAGAUUAGGUAUAUAUAGGUGAUUAGAGGUUAAGGUCUCCUAAAUUGUAUUUUGAGAUUUUGUUGAUAUUUAUUUGUAGAUAUUUAUAAUUCUGAUAUGGCAUAUAAACACAUAAAUGCAUAUAUACAGAUGGAUGGAUGGAUGGAUGGAUGGAUGGAUGGAUGGAUGGAUGGAUGGAUGGAGUGGAAAGUAGAAUCACUAUUCAUUUAUGAAGUCUAACAUGAUAUCCUUUCAUCCUGGGGUAGAUAAAUAAUCUCUUAGUUCUUUGAAAUGACGUCUGACAAUAUAACUCUUAUAGUAAAUAAACAUUUCAUUUUGAUGUGAUAUUAUUAAUCCUCCACAUUUCUUUUACUUUAAUGAUUCCUAGUGAGUGAAUCUAUUGAGCUUUCAAACCGUUCUUUGUAAAUGAUAUAUGUUUCUGCACUAAACACUUUACAAUAUGAAUCAAAAAGUCUUCCUAUUUAUAACUGAAAAAUUUCCACACCCAAGAAAUGGUUUCCCCAAUAUUUCCUUUGUUAAUAUAUACCUGUUACCCUCUUGUCAAAUGUAUUGUUUGUUUCCAGAACAUAUGUUAUUCAAUUUCCAAUUAAAAUCUACAGGGUCUGUAUUUUA